AUGCUCUUCGCGUUCGUAGCCACCGCGGUCUCGCUGGUCUGGCUCCUACACCGCGCAACGCGUCUGCUGCAAAUCCCAAUCCCGACCCUCGUCCAGCUCCUCGGCAUCGACAUACCUGCUCCACCCCACGUCUCCUUGGACGCGAUCACCUCGGACUCUGUCACUCUGCACUGGUCGCUGCCGGACAGAGCGUCCUCGGUUGCGAAGCAUGUCAUUCAAAUGAACGGGCAGAACGUCGGCGAGAGCGAAAAAAGAGAAACAACAGUCACAAUAACUGGUUUAAACCCAGAUCAAGUCUACGGAGUGAGAGUGCUAGCCGUGAACUCAAAUCACUACUCUGCAGCCGGCCAGCUGAUCCGUUUGCGAACCCGUCGAAAAGCCGAGGAUCUCAUUCUCACCCACAUUCGUCCCGUCACCCGUGAACUGUCCGACGACAGCCAGCCUUCUACGCCGACCAAGCAGGUCUCGAAAGAUGCCUCAUCGACAGUGACAACCUCGUUCAAGCGCAACGGCAUGCGUUCGACCUCGUCCUCUUCCACUCCCCGCCACUCAUCACCUUCAUCACAUCACAACACUCCUGACCGUCAAUCUUCAUUCGCAGCCGCGACGCAGCCGUACACCAUCGAAUCACUUGCCGCCGAACUCGAGCAAAUACGAAGCGAGAUCAGUGAAGUUAUAGCGCAGCAUGCGCAUGCCGAGGAAGAAUACGCGGCGGCUGAGUCCGCGCUCGUGUCCGAGCUUGCGACGUUGCGCGAAAAACGAAAGGAGGAAGAUGUUGCGCGGUCGCAGAUGCGGGGUGAGAGCAAGGCGCUCGAGGAGUCGAAGCGGAUGCUGGAGGCGCAAAAGACAAAAGUUGAAAAGACGGUGAAGCAAAAGACAGAGUCGAUUGAGAAGAUCAAGAACGACUUUGAGAAAUGGGAGAACGAGAUCAAUGCAGGCGAAGGACGGAAGGACGAGAUUGAACGGCAAAUUGUCGAGCUCGAGAACCAGAUCCGGGAGAAGGAAAAAUCUAACCGGAUAGCACUACGAGAUGGGCAUAAACGGAUCAACGAGCUCGAAGAAGAGAUUCGAGGUUUGAUUGCAAAAGUGAAAAAGGCUGAGAUGGAGAAAGACGCAAAGACCGGGGACAUCAACGAGAAUGCGUUUGCAAAGCUGCUGCACUCUGAAGACGCGGAGGACAGGAAGCUGGAAAAAGCGUGGAAGGAGGUGCAGAAAAGUCUCGAGCUCCGCUACGUUGAUGUGUUUGAACAAUACCGGGACGCCGAGGAUAAAUUCCGAAAGGCGCAGGCCGUGCUUGCGAUGCUGUCGGUACCCGGGAGCGGACCGCCUCCGCAGCCGGUGUCGCCUGAGCUCUCAAAGUCUGCCAAGCGGCGGAACCGGACGAGAAAUAAGAGUCGCCAGCCUGUUUCGUCUCCGAUCACGUCUUAUCCGAUUCAUGAUCCUAGGUUCCCGGAUGCGUCAACUUUCAACAAUCUACAGUUCCCGCCAUCGUUCCAGAUGGCGAAUUUGUCACCGACGACGUCACCGCCGAGUAACUCGACGUCGGCACUUGCGUCGAAUAAUAAUCUGUUUCCGUUUUCGUUGCAGCAUCUGCAGAAUUCGUCUUCGCUUCCUAGUCUGUAUAUGGACGCGAUGGAGGAUGAUCUGCUGAACUCGGGCGGGCUUACCAGUCCGUCAGUUGACUUGCUGCUGCCGUCGAAUCUGUUUGACAACGAUCGCGGCGCACUUCAAGACCUCGAGGCUUCAGCUCCAGGCUCGGCUUCACCAACGACUGACGACCGACUUCCUCCACCGCUUGUCGGAGGCGGCGACAGUGCAGUUUCGUUCGAGACGUUUGCGAUGCAGAGCACGCCGACGGCGCCAUCGGUUGGCCCGAACCUGCUGCUUUCGUCGCCCGCGUCGCCGACGUCGCAGACCGCGACCGCAUCGGCAGUGCAGCAAACGCAGCAGUCGCAACUGCAGGCGUCGUCAUCGCAGCUCUCGCUGGUGUCGCCGAGCUCGCGGCCGCCGUCGCAGUACUCGCAUCUGUCGUUCCCGAACCAUUCGAGUACGUCGCUCGGGAACGGCACUGCCACCAGUCAGUCGUCGUUCUUCCCAUCGGUGGGCGGCUCGGGCCUGAAGAACGUGAUGGGGAUUAACAACUCGUCGCCGCUGCUCGAGACGCUGAGUCUAACUCACUCUAGCUCGUCGGCCGGAACUGACAGUCUCCUUUCGGGUCCGUCAUCAUCAUCGGCGGCGAACGCGAGCGCGACGGGCCAGACAGGGGGCGCAAAAACUCCCGGCCGUGGGUCGAAGCUGCUGAACGUGUUCAAUCCCGCCUCGCUAACACCGUCUCCUGUGGUAUCAACGCCGACACCAGUCACGACAUCCUCGUCGCGCACGCACGCCGGCAGCCCGAUACUGGAAAGCGACGACGACAUGCUCGCGCAGCAGAGCACAAACUCUUCACUCUCGAGCACGGGCGCGUUAUCAGGCUUUUCGAGUUUUGCGAAGCGGUCGCCGGUGCGGAAGCCGCUGUUUGGAAGUGUGUCUGCGAUCGGGAAUAGUAUUGGCAGCAUCGGGCAGUCGAUAUCGCGGAAGAAGGACUCGUUCGAAAGCAAUGGCUCGUCUGCUGGUGCAAGCUCGCUCCUGGUCGGCGGCGGCCAGCAGCAGCGGCAACAUCCACAGCUUGCGUCGGAGACGGACGAGUUCAUCAUGCUUGGUGGUGCCGGCGGCGGUGCUGGUGCGGGCGAAGAGCCGCGGACGCCUGGACGGCGGUUUGCGGGGCUGUUUUCGUUCUCACGGCAAAGAUCGCUGAGCAACAGCGCCCCGAAUGCCACGAACCCUGCGCUGCUGUCUGGCUCCGACAAUGCGAACGAGGAGCAGCAGCAGCAACCGCAACCGCAGAAGCUGCAGCAAGCGCCGAUCGGCACGCGCCGACGCAGCGGGAGCUACAACUCGUCGACGCCGGACUUUCAAAACUCGAGUCCGGUGAUGAUUGGCUCGCCGACGUUUGGCAGUCCGCUGCCGAGCGACGAGGCGCCGUCGACGACGAGCGGAGAUAGCAGCAAGGCGGGGAACAAAGAGGGCUCGGGUCUGAGUGCGUUCGGAUCGCAGGUGGGUAAUUUGUUCACGGGACAGAGUCCGGUGUUUACGAGGCGCAGCGGGCGCGCGCUGUGGGAUUUCAACAGUCGCAAUGCGGGAGGCGGGGCGGGCAGUGCCACUGAGUGGUAGGCGGUUUAGUAUCUGUACAAUAGCAUCCACAACAAGCCACAGUCUAUCUUAUAAACUACAACAACUACGUCACAGCCUCAGCCGUGCGGUACGCGUCCGGAUGCGGAGGUUGAAAGUCGAAGCAAAACAGGCACCGCGUUGGUGCAGACCCGAUGGCGAUCUGGCAGCGCGGCU